UUUCCAGGAGUCUGUACUGAGCCGGACUUCAUCGUAAAACAAACGUCUGCUCGCUAGUUUUUCGUCAACAGAGCCUAGUUGAGUUUUAUUGAGUUUAAAAGCGCAGUGCCUCUGUGCGCAAUGGGGCCAUCUGUGAUUUUUACGCACGGGUAAUUAUGUCCUCGGAUUUACUCCACCACGGUUCGACUGUAGUAAUGAUCGAGAUCUCUCUCUCUCUCUCUCUACACACACACACACACACACACACACAAAAAGAGGACGAUUUUAGAGUUGGUCGUGCGUUUGUUUUAUCUGUCCUCGUAUUUUUCCCCCGAACUUCCUAAAUCUCCUCGCAUGACUUGUGGAAAUCUGGCCUUGACACGUUUAAAAUGAAAAGUCACCAUCCACCCUGGUGGUUAGAUGGGUUGAAGAGUCUAACAAUGGAUAGUUCGGAUGCUGUUUCGCCUGUGUUUGUUCUUAUCUGGAAAACAACUCAAAGAUGGAAAUGAACACCACCUCCAGCGGGCGAUCUCCGCCCAGCAGGUUUAUGGAGAGAAGAAGGAUAACAUGGUGAUUCCCGUCCCAGAGGCCGAGAGCAACAUCGCCUACUAUGACUCGCUCUACCCCGGAGAUUUCAAGAUGCCAAAGCAGCUCAUUCACAUACAGUCUUUCAGUCUGGACACGGAGCAGCCAGACUAUGAUCUGGACUCGGAGGAUGAGGUGUUUGUGAAUAAGUUGAAGAAGAGGCUGGAGGUGGGGUCCCUGCAGUUCGAGGUGAUGAUAGACAGAUUGGAGAAAGGCAGCGGACAGCAGCUGGUAACUCUACAGGAAGCAAAGCUUUUACUGAAGGAGGAUGAUGAUCUGAUCAGGGAGGUGUUUGAAUACUGGAGCAGGAAGAGGAAACUGUGUAAAAACGGGUCCCUCAUCCCGACCAUCAAACAGGAAAAGAGGGACGGUUCCAGCACUAAUGACCCCUACGUGGCCUUCAGGCGCAGGACCGAGAAGAUGCAGACGAGAAAGAACCGUAAGAACGAUGAAGCAUCGUAUGAGAAGAUGCUCAAACUAAAAAGGGACCUGAGCCGAGCCGUCACCAUCUUAGAGAUGAUCAAGAAACGAGAGAAGAGCAAACGAGAACUGCUCCACCUCACACUGGAGAUCGUCGAGAAGAGGAACACCAUGCCAGACUUCGGCUCAGAAGUGAUGGCAGAAGCACUAGCUAUGGCUAAACCUGUUUAUAAGAUUCCCAUAUUGCCCUUCUCCAACAGCACUCAAUACCGCCACCAGGACCAUAUGGACUUUAAAGAUUACAAGUCCAAGCCUGAGAAGGCAGAGGUGAUCAGAACGAAAAGGAAGUACGAGAAGAAACCCAAAAUCCUGCCUCUCUCCGCCCCCUUGCACAGUGUCCCCUCCCUCUUUAACCCCAAAGACCUCAACCAGUACGACUUCCCCAGCUCUGACGACGAGCCCUUUUCACAGAUGCAUUCAGGGUCGUCAGAGGCGGAGGAAGAGAAUGAGCCUGACGGAGCGUUUGCCUUCAGGAGGAAAGCAGGAUGCCAUUAUCAUGCCGCCCGUUUGGAUCAGAGUGGCAAUUGGCCCUGGUGUGGAGAAACAGAGGGAGGGUCAUGUGACCCGCGGUUCCGGUACUCCCUUACCACCCUUACCACUCCCCGACGCUGUGUCGGGUUGGCAAGGCGACGGGCGGGACGAGGCGGCAGGAUUCUCCUGGACCGAGCAUAUUCGGAUUUGGACGAUUUAUUCCAAAGUCUGGAUUCGGAUCCGGACUUCUCCUUUCCUGCUUCACCUCUCAAUUUGGAAACCACUUCCCAAACGAAUACCUCAACCCACACAUCGUCUUCAUCACAGCCAUCAUCCUCCUCUUCCUCAUAUCUGGCCUAUUCAGACCUGAGACAGAUCCUACGAAACAUCAAAGCGUGCCGCUGGAGGCACUUUAAACCACGGACACUAACUUGCCAAUCAGGGACCAGAGAUAUGCUGUCACAGAUACAGAGGUUUAAAGGGUUGGUCAGGGGCAGCGCGGGGCUUGGCGGCAGUACGCAUGGCAGAUCGGCGGGCAUGGGACCAGUUGCAGUAGCGUUCACAGCUGAACAGUAUCAGCAGCAUCAAGAACAGCUGGCACUUAUGCAGAAACAACAGCUGGAGCAGACACAACAGCAGGCCAAUGACACGGCUGCCACUCAGUCUCUUGGGUCCAAGACAUUAGACUCAGUCAGCGCGCAGUUUGCCGCCUCUGCUCUGAUGACCUCUGACCAGCUUUUGACCCUAAAGAUCAAAGAGGAUAGCGUAGUAGGAAGUGGCGUCAACGGGGUCAUCCAGGCUUCAGGAGUUUACAAGGGAUUGAGUAUCUCUGCCACAUCCUCUGCUUCUGUCCUCACUAGCCAACCAUCUUUAGCCGCUGCCCCACCUGCCUUCCUCUCCUCCACUAGCAACUGUAACACUAGCUCCACCCACACUCUUCACAACCCUAUAGGUAACCACGGUAACAACACAGCCAACUCCACCUCUCAGGUUCUGAUCGGCAACAACCUGCGUCUGAGUGUGACCACACCCUCUAUCGCCAGUCUAAAUGCCCGUCACCUCCCCAGAAGUCUCAGCAACAUGCCGCCCGCUGCCUUGAAGCUUGCCGCCGCUAGCAACUGUCAGCUUCCCAAAGUCAGCACUGGGGAGAAUCACGAACAGGAAAAGCAGUCCCUCAACAGUAUAGCAGAGAACACAGUCGCCAUGGAGGUGACGUAGUGACCAUUGCCUGGGCGACGUUCUUUUUCCGUCAAGUCCAGUCUUCUGGUGCUGUGCACCAUUUAGGUUUGGGGAGUUUUCCAGGGCAACUGUCUGAACUCGACAGCAAAUUUCAUCUCGUCUUUAUUUUCGCCCCUUUUUUUUUUUUUUUUUUUUUUUUUCAUUUUCGCCCCUUUUUUUUUUUUUUAUAAAGUGUUUGUUUAAAACGAAAAAAAAAAGUGAUGUGUAAAACUAUGAAUAUGGCUAAUAUUCGAUGUACAGAAAUUACAUAUUUGUAAAACCCUACCACCACCACCCUUGUAUAUACGCUACUAGAAAACAAAACUGUUGAGUUGUGAUGUUUUGCACUUGGGGAAUCAAAAAAGCAGUAAAUGAGGGGGAAAUGCGGAGUGUGAGCAUGAACCGUGAGGUCAGGUAAAAUUGAGUGUGUGAAUAGUGGUGCAUGGUAAGGAACCUGCUACUCUACCUAUUUAUUGUGCUGUGUUUACAGUUUGUUUCCACCUCCCCCCCCCCCCCCCCCUUUUUUUUUUUUACACUGUGUCCUAAGUUGUUUCCUGUGACGUAAGUGUUUAGGUAGCUGCCAAUUCCCUAUUUUCCCCCUCAGUUUUCAAACUCGACUGGUUUAUGCUUGGUGAAUCAGAUUGAACUUUAAUGGUAUCAUGCAAUUUCUUUGGUUUUGUUUUUUGUUUUCCCCUUCUCUUCUGGGAGGGAUGGGACAUCUGGGUUUGGACACCCUUUGGGUUCAGGGUUAGGGGAAGGGCAAAUUGAGGGGGUGGUUAUAGAAAUCUUCCAUUUUUAUUAUCGCAAAUAAUAACGAAAAAACAAACAAGGGAUGAAGUCUUCAUUUGGGAGCUUCCGAUGAUUCCACAUCAACAAAGCACUAUUACUUUUGAUUAUUUUUUUUUUUCCAAGUUUUGAUUAUUGCUGCUUUUUGUAUAAAUUCAGUUCCUUUUUCAUACAAUAGAAAGUUCAGUUUGUCCCCAUUUUUUAUUUCUUUGUACAACAAAGAUCAGAGUUAUUUUUGUACCUUGUUUUGAGUUGCCAGCAUUUAGAUUUUGUUUAAUUUCAGUUCUUGUGGUGAAGCGUUUUUUGCGCUUCGUUAACGGAAGACUUCAUUCUUUGGUUGCUUGUUGCGAAACAUCACACACAACGGCUGGUCAAUGUCCACCACGGCUGCAUCCGUGUCAUCAUUCCAGUUUAAUGGCACAUUCAAGACCAAGGAAGAACGAGGUGGAUGCCUAACAAAUGCCGUCGUCUCUUGAUCUUUAAAUGUUACCCAGCAGACUCUGGACUAAUUCAAGGCCUGAAAACCACAAGUUAAAGGUUGUGCCUUCCUUUGGGAAUGUCCUGCUCUGUCUCUUCCGUGAAGAGGAUGCUCUGGAUCAAGACCGCGGUAUUGCGGUACACACUUGUCCGGAUAUGCCCGGUCCACUGGUUGAACUCAGUCCUCCUCCAGGGGUUUUCUAGUCUGAUCUGGAGGGAGGUGAAUAAUAAAAAAUAUGGAAACCAUAAAAAAAAAAAGAAAAAAAAUAUUAUUGAAUAAGUGAAAAAAGAUGUGACAAUUCAACAUGAAUCAGACAAUAAAUCCCAGGUUUUUAUGUGAA